UUGGAAACACCGCGGAGCGAAACUCCCUCUCGUUGAGGACUGAACUGGCCCGGCGCUCGGCGGCUCUGGACGCACGCAGACGGCGGCUUUCACAGACCGGGUUGUAAUGAACCGCUGCGGCCUGAAUCCACACCUCACCUCCGUUCCGUAGGACACCUGGAAGUUUAAACUUCGCUUCAAACUUUCGGCGGCGCUUCCCGGUCUCUAGCUCGUGUUAAGUCGUUUGUCUGGCCGGCCUGUAAACCGAAGCGUCCGUCCCACAUGUUUCUGCCUUGUUCUUGUUAGUCCCCGUAAACGACCAGCAGCCGGAGAACAGCACCGGGGAGCCGCGGAGCACCAGGACGGUCAUGGAUCUACCAGGAGAGAGCGAGAGCCGGCGGAGGGAAGGCAGGAGAAACCCCGUGGUGAUUAACGGGAGAAAACCACCAGUGGGCACCAUGUACGCCGUCGGUAUUAUCUGCCUCCAAGUUCUGUCCAUCCAGGCUGCUGCCAUCCAGUUCACCAAGGAGCCCAAGUCCCAGGAUGCAUUGCACGGCCGCAGCGCCAUGCUACGCUGCGAGGUCAGCGAUCCGGCCGACAUCACUUACAGCUGGCUUCACAACGGCCAGCCCCUGGAAGGCAGCGAGAGGCGCUACCAAGAAGGCAGCAACCUCAAGUUCAUCGCCGUGGACCGGCGGCUGGACGCAGGAAACUUUGAGUGCGUCGCACAAAACACAGUCACAGGAGAGACGCUCCACUCCACCAACGCCUCCUUCAAUAUCAAGUGGUUGGAAAGUGGUGGUGUGACUUUGAAGGAGCCCGCCUCAGAGGGAGAGAUCGAGAGCUCUACGCCGGUCACGUUGCGCUGUCAUAUUGAUGGACAUCCUCGGCCGACAUGCCAGUGGUUCAAGGAUGGGGUGAAGCUGACGGAGAAGAGCCAUCAGAUCAACAACAAGGAAAGGACGCUCACCUUCAAGAGCGCCAGUCCGGACGACAACGGCCUGUACUACUGCUGUGCCAAGAAUGCAGCCGGGCACGUCUGCAGCAACAGCAACUUCACGCUCAACAUCAUAGAUAAGAGUUUUCCGCGGCCGGUGGUCACUCCCGAGGACCAGGUGGUGUUGAGGAACGAGGAGGCCAUGUUCCACUGCCAGUUCACCGCUGAGCCGGCCCCCACGUUGGAGUGGUACCACGAAAACGAGCUGCUGGCAAACAAGUCUCGAGUGAUUCUGCUCUCCAACGGCACAGUGCUGAUCACCCAGGUCAAGCCCAGGAACACGGGGACCUACAAAUGUGUCGGCCGUGGCCUCAGAGGGUCCCAAGUUACUUUGGAGGCCUCCCUCCUUAUAGCUGAUAUAGACGACAUGGCGCCCAAGAUGUCAAUGGUUUUCACAGCGGACACCCUGCAGAGGGUAGCCUGUCGCCCCCCACGCGGCAAACCUGAGCCUGAGGUGUGGUGGGAGAAGGGAGGUCAGCGGGUCCCCACGGAGGGCAGAGUGUACCAGGACGGCCUGGAUCUGGUCUUCAGUCCCACAGAGGAGGGAGAUUCAGGCACCUACACUUGUGUGGCCCAGAACAAGGCGGGACGCAAGACACAGGAGGUCACCUUCACCGUGGCCACUGCCCCUGUGUGGGUGACAAGGCCUCAGGACAGCUACUUAGAGGAAGGUAAACCAGGUUACCUCCACUGUUACGCUCAGGCCAACCCUGAACCUGAGGUUACCUGGCUCCGCAACAACAUCAUGAUCACAGCCGAGGACUCUCGUUUUAAGCUGUUCCCUAACGGCACCCUCAGGAUCAACAAUGUGGAGGUGUAUGAUGGACAGAUGUACGGCUGCGACACCAAGACUAUAGGCGGCCGACUGUCUGGACAAGCUAGAGUUACUGUGCUUGAGAAGCUGAAGUUCACCCCGACCCCCCAGCCUUCUCAGUGCCUGGAGCUGGAUAACGCGAUCACCAUCCAGUGCUCUGCUAAAGGCAGAGAGACCCCCACCAUCCGCUGGACCAAAGCAGACGGAGGAGAGCUGCCGCCUCAUGUGGAGCAGAAGAACGGCCAGCUCCACUUCACCAAAGUCACCCGGAGCGACGCCGGCAACUACACGUGCAUCGCUUCCAACAGCCUCCAGGGGGAGAUCAGAGCCUUGGUGACCCUCACUGUGGCCGUGUACAUUCGCUUUAAGGUGGAGCCGGAGAAUACGACGGUGUACCAGGGUCACACAGCCAUCCUGCACUGUCAGGCCACCGGAGACCCCGAGCCUCACAUCCACUGGAUGGUUAAAGACAAGACGCUGGACAUCAGUAAGAACAGGAGGUUCCAGAAGAUGCCCAAUGGCUCCUUGGUGAUUUCAGAUGUCACUGCAGAUGACACGGGCCGAUAUACCUGUGUGGCAGGAAACAGCUGCAGCAUCAAAGACCGUGUGGCGCAGCUGUAUGUCGUGGACAAACCAGUGCAUUCCAAUGGUGAAGAUGGGGACAGGGCUCCUUACAAGAUGAUCCAAACCAUCGGCCUGUCAGUGGGAGCGGCUGUGGCUUACAUCAUCGUGGUGCUGGGUCUCAUGUUCUACUGCAAAAAGAGACGCAACGCCAAAAGACUGCAGAAAGGCCAGGACGGAGAGGAGCCAGAGAUGGAGUGUCUCAAUGGAGGAGCUGUUCAACAAAAUGGCCACACCACUGCUGAGAUCCAGGAAGAGGUGGCGCUCACCAACAUGGGUACCAUGGCAACAACCGAGAAACGCCACAGCCACGUCAACAACGAUAAGCUCCACUUUCCCCGAGCAAACCUGCAAACCAUCACUACUUUAGGGAAAGGGGAGUUUGGUGAGGUGUUGUUAUCCAAAGCUAAGGCAAUCGAAGAGAGCCAAGAGGAGACAGUGGUGCUGGUGAAGAGCCUGCAGACCAGAGAUGAACAGCUGCAGCUCGACUUCCGCCGUGAGGCUGAAAUGUUCGCCAAGCUGAGCCACCCCAACGUCGUCCGCCUGCUGGGCCUGUGUAGGGAGGCAGAACCCCACUACAUGAUCUUAGAGUACUAUGACCUGGGAGACUUAAAGCAGUUCCUAAGAAUUUCAAAAAGCAAAGAUGACAAGGUCAAAUCUCAGCCUAUCAGCACCAAGACCAAAGUUUCCAUCUGUGCCCAGGUGGCUCAUGGGAUGGAGCAUCUGUCCAAUCACCGCUUCGUUCACAAAGACCUAGCCGCCCGCAACUGUCUGGUCAACAGUCAGAGGCGCGUGAAAGUGUCCUCGCUCAGCCUCAGCAAAGACGUCUACAACAGCGAGUACUACCACUACAGACAGGCAUGGAUCCCGCUGCGCUGGCUCCCAGCAGAGUCUGUGUUUGAGGACGACUUCUCCACCAAGUCUGAUGUGUGGGCCUUUGGAGUGUUGAUGUGGGAAGUGUUCAGUCAAGGGGAAAUGCCAUAUACCAAACUCAGCGAUGACGAGGUGCUGGAAGGUCUGCAGACAGGGAAGCUGAAGCUUCCCAUUCCAGACGGAUGUCCCACCAAAAUCUACAAGCUCAUGGUGCGCUGCUGGGCGCUAAGCCUCAAAGAGCGCCCCUCCUUCACUGAUAUCGUGCACGCCCUGGGAGAGCUGCCCUCUGACAGCAAAGUCUGAGACGACCAUGAACCCACAUCAGAGGGGAACUUUUACCAACGUCCUUCCCCCAGGAGAAAGACAGGAAUGCUGGAUAUUAGUCUCACACAUUUCAGGGAAGAGGGUUGAGGAGAAAACACUUUUUUUAUAUGCAUUUCAAAACAUGGGUGUGUGGAUAAGACUUUGUUGCUAUAUCAGUGGAAACACACUCGCAUUUGUGUGAAUGGCUUCUUGUGAGCAGUGCCAGGAGUUUACGUUUGCCUUAACCGCAGCAUGGAUGACCCUCCCCUCCAGUCCCUGUCUGUGGUUCCACUGUGACCCUGCCUGCCUGUCUGCGGCCGCUCUGUCCCCAGAGACCCUUUGUUUCACGGAGCCUCACAACCUCAGUGCCUCUACCCCUCCGUGCACACCCACACACACACACUCACCUAAACUUCCAACUGCUCUGUAGGGUUUUUAGUUGCCGUGCUUUUCACUGGCUCUGAUCAAGUAGAAGUUAUUUGUCGGAAGUUUAGGAAAAUCCCUGAAAUUUAGGUUCACCGCUCUGUUAAGUCCUCAGUGUUUUUCUCAUGAAACUAGAAAGAAUCUUGAAGGCAAAGUGGGAUAUAGUGAGAUUUCAGUGGAGCAUUGAUGCUUCCUAAAUAUUCUAUCAAUCACUUAGGAGUGCGUUGAGUGAGAUUGUUUCAGCUGGUCUGCUUAAACUUAAAGUCCAGUCAUCUGCAUCCUGAGUCCACCACCCUAAUCCUGGAGGAGACACCCAGCUACUCUGUCUGCCAGGGGCCCGCCACCACCCUCCAAAGUUUGCGUGUCUGUGUGUGUGUGCGCUCCACUGAACUGUUCCCAUGCUACAGCAUACUUUCAAAGUGGAAGUGGAAUGGGGUUUGUAUGAAGGUUCGUCGUCGUGAGGAAACUUGUGGAAAUAAUCAUCCAUGUUAUGGUAACACUUCAGGAACAAAAAAAAAAAAUAGAUCAACUUUAUAGCCAAGGAUUAUAUUGAAUGGAUGAGACUGAGCUAGUGUGGGCUUUGUACGUUUUUAUGAGUGUGUUGUGUUCUUGUAUUAACUUUGAGGUGCUUAUUGGUCACUACCUAUGGGUAAGAAAACCCAUUGUACCACAUUAAUAUGAUCAUAUUGUCAGUUGCAGGGAUGCAGCCUAUCACUGAGUUCAACCUGCGACACAAUUUCUCCAGAGGUCCAAUCACAGUUUCCCUCUCGGUCCAGUUUUUUUGUGCAAUGCUGCAAAGUGGACCAUCACACCAGGCAAUGUGUACAUAAUGUAGAAGCCAUGCACUAACUUCACU